GCAGACGGCGGCGGCUGCGGCAGCGCGGCGGGGUUUAGCCGAGUUCUGGGCUGCGCUAGCCGCCGGAGAUCCGGGCUUUCUCUAGCGGGUCAGUACUCGGCUGGCGGGCCCGGCCAGGCUGGUGGGGCCAGGUGCAGUGCGGCGCCCUCCGCCCUAUCGACCGCUGCACCCUGGACCCGCCGUUGGGAGGAGUCCAGAUCUUACGUAAAAUGGAUGUUUCUCACACUGAUACUGAAUAUUAAGUAGAAAAUCUAGUAAUAUCUAAGCUGCCAUGGAAGAAAUACCAAUAAAAGUUGCUGUAAGAAUUAGACCUCUGCUGUGCAAAGAAAUUCUUCAUAAUCAUCAAGUUUGUGUGAGAAUUAUUCCAAACACCCAGCAAAUUAUCAUUGGGAGAGAUAGAGUAUUUACUUUUGAUUUUGUUUUUGGGAAAAAUUCCACUCAAGAUGAGGUUUAUAAUAUAUGCAUAAAGCCACUAGUGUUGUCUCUGAUCGAGGGCUAUAAUGCAACUGUUUUUGCCUAUGGACAAACUGGAUCUGGGAAGACAUACACCAUCGGAGGAGGCCAUGUUGCUUCAGUUGCAGAGGGUCAAAAGGGUAUCAUUCCUCGAGCUAUCCAAGAAAUAUUUCAAAACAUCUUUGAAAAUCCUCGCACUGACUUUAAAAUAAAAGUGUCUUAUAUAGAAGUAUAUAAGGAAGACCUAAGAGAUCUUCUAGAAUUGGAGACAUCUAUGAAAGAUCUUCAUAUACGAGAAGAUGAAAAAGGAAACACAGUGAUUGUUGGGGCCAAGGAGUGCCAGGUGGAGAGUGCAGAUGAAGUGAUGAGCUUCCUGGAGAUGGGGAAUGCAGCCAGACAUACAAGUACCACCCAAAUGAAUGAACACUCCAGUAGGUCACAUGCAAUUUUUACAAUCAGUAUUUGUCAAGUUGAGAAAAAUACAGAGGCAGCUGAAGAUGGAUCGUGGUGUUCCCGUCGGCAUAUUGUCUCAAAGUUCCACUUUGUGGAUUUGGCUGGAUCAGAAAGAGUGACUAAAACAGGGAAUACCGGUGAACGGUUCAAAGAAUCCAUUCAAAUCAACAGUGGGUUGCUGGCUUUAGGAAAUGUAAUAAGUGCUCUUGGGGACCCACGCAGAAGGAGUUCACAUAUUCCAUACAGGGAUGCUAAAAUUACUCGGCUACUCAAGGAUUCCCUGGGAGGCAGUGCCAAAACUGUCAUGAUCACUUGUGUCAGCCCAUCCUCCUCAGAUUUUGAUGAAUCCUUGAAUUCUCUCAAGUAUGCCAACAGAGCACGCAACAUUAGAAACAAACCCACCUUUAACUUCAGCCCUGAGUCAGAUCGAAUGGAUGAAAUGGAAUUUGAGAUUAAGUUGCUUCGAGAAGCUUUGCAAAGCCAGCAGGCUGGUAGUAUCAGCCAAACUAGCCAGAUCCGAGAGGGUACUCCUGAUAAAAAUAGGAUCCUUUCUCUUGAGGAGCAAAUAGCUCAGCUCCAAGAAGAAUGUCUAGGUUACCAAAAUUGUAUACAGGAAGCUUUCACUUUCCUGGUGGAGUUAAAAGAUGCUGUCAGACUAAAUCAAAAGCAGCAACAUAAACUGCAGGAGUGGUUUAACAUGACCCAAGAGGUCAGGAAGGCGCUUCUCACAUCGUUCAGAGGAAUCCGAGGCAUUGGAAACCUGGAAGAAGGGCCACAACAUGUUACAGUUCUUCAACUGAAGCGGGAGCUAAAGAAAUGCCAGUGUGCUCUCGCUGCUGAUGAAGCAGUUUUUAAUCAGAAGGAAUCGGAGGUGAAGGAACUAAAGAAUCAAGUGCAAAUGAUGGUACAGGAAAACAAAGGACAUGUUGUAUCUUUGAAAGAAGCACAAAAAGUGAAUAGAUUGCAGAAUGAAAAAAUAAUAGAACAACAACUUCUUGUGGAUCAACUGAGUGAAGAACUAACAAAACUUAACCUGUCAAUGACUUCUUCAGUUAAGGAUACUUGUGGAGAUGGGCCAGAUGCCAGGAUACCUGAAAAAAGACCAUAUACUGUACCGUUUGAUACUCAUUUGGGGCAUUAUAUUUAUGUCCCAGCAAGACCAGAUGCCAGGAAGGUCUACACCAGUCCUUCUGUGUACUCUCUGGAUCGAGUAGUUGCCGGAUUUCGAACACGAAGUCAGAUGCUGCUGGGUCACAUAGAAGAACAAGAUGAAGUCCUCCACUACCAGUUUUCUGAUAACAGUGAUGAUGAAGAAUUAGAAGGCCAAGAGAAAUCUGAAAUGAGACAGAGAAGUCGCUCAUGGAUUCAAAAGCCAGUCUCUGUUUGUCCUCUUGUUGAAUUGAAUGAUAUUGAUGAUCAAACACAAAAGUCAAGUUUGGGGAAUGAAGAUUUAAAGAUUGAAUGUCUUCAGGAGAGUCAAGAGUUGAAUUUGCGAAAAUUAAGAAAUUCAGAACUCAUACUUACUGAAGCUAAACAAAAAAUGAGAGAACUUACAAUUAACAUCAAGAUGAAGGAAGAUCUGAUUAAAGAAUUAAUGAAAACAGGUAAUGAUGCCAAGUCUGUAAGCAAACAGUAUUCUCUGAAAGUAACAAAACUUGCACACGAAGCAGAACAGGCAAAAGUGGAAUUAAUUGAAACAGAAAAGCAACUACAGGAACUGGAAAAUAAAGAUCUUUCUGAUGUUGCUUUGAAAGUAAAGUUACAGAAGGAGUUCCGUAAAAAGAUGGAUGCUGCAAAGUUAAAAGUCCAGGUUUUACAGAAGAAGCAACAAAAUAGUAAGAAAUUGGCAUCACUUUCGAUUCAAAAUGAGAAACGUGCUAAUGAACUAGAGCAGAGUGUAGAUCACAUGAAAUACCAGAAGGUACAGCUACAAAAAAGACUUCAAGAAGAAAAUGAAAAAAGGAAGCAACUGGAUACAGAAAUUAAGCGGGAUCAACAGAAAAUCAAAGAACUAAAGUUAAAAACAGAACUGGAAGAAGGUCUAAAACUGAAAGCUGAGGACCUUGAUGCAUUGAAGAUGAAAAGGAGAAAAGGUUCGUUUGGAAAUAUAGACCAACUUCAGAAAUUGGAUGAGCAAAAUAAAUGGUUAGAUGAAGAAGUAGAGAAAGUUCUGAACCAACGCCAAGAAUUAGAGCACCUGGAAGAAGACUUAAAGAAACGGGAAGCCAUAGUUUCUAAGAAGGGGGCACUAUUAAAGGAGAAGAGCCACCUGGAAAAUAAGAAGUUGAGAUCUAGUCAGGCCUUAAACACAGAUAGUUUGAAAAUAUCAACUCACCUGAACUUAUUGGACCAGGAGUUGUCUGAAAAGAAUAUGCAGCUCCAGAGCAGCACAGCUGAGGAGAAAAUAAAGAUUUCAGAACAAGUUCAAGCCCUCCAGAAAGAAAAAGAUCAGCUACAGAGACGAAGAAACAGUGUGGAUGAGAAACUUAAAAAUGGUAGCGUGUUAUCACCUGAAGAAGAACAUGUUCUUUUCCAACUUGAAGAAGGGAUUGAAGCUUUGGAAGCUGCAAUUGAAUACAAGAAUGAAAGUAUCCAGAGUCGCCAGAACUCACUCAGAGCUUCAUUCCAAAACCUCUCUCAUAGUGAAGCAAAUAUCUUGGAAAAACUAAUGGGCCUGAAUCCUACUGAGAUUAGAGCUAUUUUUUUCAGAUAUUUCAAUAAGGUGGUUAAUUUGCGAGAAGCUGAACGGAAACUGCAGUUACAGAAUAAAGAAAUUAAAAUGAAGGUUCUGGAACGGGAUAAUAUGGUUCGUGAGUUGGAAUCUGCACUGGAGCAUCUGAAAUUGCAGUGUGACCGGAGACUCACCCUUCAGCAAAAGGAACAUGAACAAAAAAUGCAGUUGCUGUUACAUCAUUUCCAAGAGCAAGAUGGGGAAGGCAUUGUGGAAACUUUAAAAACACAUGAAGACAAAAUCCAACAGCUGGAAAAAGAUCUUUAUUUCUAUAAGAAAACUAGCAGGGAUCUUAAGAAGAAACUUAAGGAGCUGUUAGGGGAAGCAAUUCAGAGGCAACUGGUACCAUCUGAACAUCAUGACGCUGGAGAUGGAGUCCUGAAUGCAGGAGAAGCAGGCAUGGUUUCAGAAGAAUUAAAAUGGGCAUCUAGAACUCAAAGUAUGAAAUUAAGUGGAAGGGAAAGAGAAUUAGACAGUUCAGCAAGUAGCUUAAGAACACAACCAAAUCUUCAGAAGCUCUGGGAAGGUGGCCCAGAAUUACCUCCAAUUUAUAGCUCUUUAGCUCCCACUAGUGGGCAUUUGUUAAGCAAUGAGGAUAAAACAGAGAGUGAUGAAAAUCAAUUUACAAAAUCUCACAGUCAACCAUCACCCCAAAUUCAGCCAGUAAGAAAUGUGGGACAGAUUCAUGGCGUCACGCCUGUAAAGUUGUGUCGCAAAGAGUUACGUCAAAUUUCUGCCUUGGAACUAUCAUUACGACGUUCCAGUCUUGGAGUUGGUGUUGGAUCUAUGACUGCUGAUUCUAUUGAAGUAGCUAGGAAACAGUGACUUCAAACUUAGGUAGUUACUGAUAGAACUUUUUAAUUUAGUUGAUAUGUAAGAUUUAUUUUUCUAACCUGUUUAAAAUUAAAGCUUAAGCUCACUAGCUCUUCCCUCAGGAUAAAGGAAAAAGGGGAGGAAGGAAUCCCUAAUCCUUUUGUUUAUUACAGAUGUGUAUGUAUAUCUUCUAUACUACAUUUGGGGAGUUUUAAUUUGCAUUUCCAUAAUAGCCAAACACACAUUUUCCAAUACUAUCAAGUAAUGGAACAUUUAAAUAUUUCCACUUACAAAUUUGCCUAAAAUUCUUUUCCAGGUGUAUUUGAAGAAGAAGACUAAAAAGUAAAAUAAUAAACUAAAAUAUCCAUCAAAUGUAUAUUGCUAUAUAAUAUAAAAGUAUAUUAUAAAGUAUGUUAUGUAAGUAUGUAAUAAUGCAAUAAUUAUAUCUUACAAGUUUAUGUUACUGUUAUUUUCAAAUAAAAGUAUUUUUUGUUUUUUUUAAAAGAUCCAGUUAAAUAUUGCUUAUGUAAGAGGGAGAGUCACCUGCUGCAUAUGUUUUGACACAGUUAAAAUCUGUGCCAAAAUGCAGUCUGUGGGCUAAGGUGACUGGCGAGGGUUAUGGAUUAAGGUUAAUUUAUGAUCCUCAGAGCCCACAGAGGUUGAGUAAUCAAUCAGUCUUGAUUUUUUUAAAUAUGGUCUCUGCUCUUUUUCUGGAAUUGAUUUUAGAAUAUUACAUUAUUGGUUUGCUAAUAUUACGGAAUAUAAGUUUUCCUCUCUCUCCUGCCCUACCUAGUCAACAUAUCUCUCUUUAUGCUACUAAAAAUGGGAGAAUGGAUGCAGUUGUAUGGAACAGGGAAAUGAUAACAGACUAACUCUAAAGCAUUCCAAUAUUUCAAGGAAAAGAUAUAUGCUCGCAUGGAGUACACCUGUAAAGCUUGAAGUCUAGCCAGAGAAUCUUUAGCUAAUCAUCUGAUGGGUUUAAUCUGAGAUUUUUCUCUACAACUUGCUCAGUCAGGCUUUGCACACAGGCAGGCCAGACUACAUUGGGGCUAUAAAUAUGUAAAUGAAAAUUUUUCUUCAAGAUUUUUUUGGUCCAAACCUUGUUAUAUAAUAUAAACUUCACUUGGAAUUAAGAAUUAAACAUUGAUUUGCCCAACAUAUACAGUUGGUACUUUUGCAUCAUAUUUGUCAAUCACAGAAAACAUUCCCUUAUAAUGACUGGAGGUAUUAGGUUAGUGCAAAAGUAAUUGUAAUUUAAAAGAUUAACAAUUGCAAAAACUGCAGUUACUUUUGCACCAGCCUGAUAUUUUGUUACUUUUUAAACUUAUGUUAUUUUUGUUACUUUUCCAAACUUUCACUUGUAAAAUGAGGUUGUUUCUUAAAUUAAUUAUUGUUUGAGUGGGGCAAAUAGCACACCCACCCUGACUUAUGGAUACCUACUCAAUUAGAGUCACCCACUUCCUGCUGACUCCAUUUUUUCUUCUCUGAUGCUACUAAGUUUUUCUUUUGUCCUUUCUCUGUUGCUGUUGACCUGAUCAUAUCUAAGACCCAAACUGUCACCCUGUGUUAAAAGUCCUAAUGUUUCCUUUUUCUAAUUUUUAGCCUUUAGGGAGUAGGGGUCCUUGGUCCUACUGCUAAAAUCUAGAUCUUAUAGGAAAAGAAAACCAAACCAAAACAAACUCCUAAAUUGGUGAAUAGUUCUAUAUCUCUUAAGCAUGGUACUAAAAUUCAUUUAAAUUAUGGGUUAAAUAGACUUCUGUGGACCUACCUGGGAAAUGAACUACAAUUUUUAACAUUGGCCCAAUGAGAAACUGCUUCAAACAAUGUAUUUACAAACUACAUUGGAAAUUGUAUUUUAACAGGGACUAUGUGAAGUCAAAUCCUGGUUUUAAGCAAGUUUCCUUUUUUUGCCUUUGGUUUGCAUGAUAUAUAUUUAAUGUAUAUCAUAUAUAAUAUGUAUAUAAAUAUAUAAUGGGAAAAGGUCAGUGCCUUAAAGCACAGCAAUUACAUAUUUAUUAAUAAAUACAUAUUUAUUAAUGAAGUUCCUAAUUGUAUAUUCCUUAUAAGAGUAGGCAAUGAUUGAGAAAUAAUUCAUGUAAAAAUGUACUGUGACACUGGAAUCCUGCUUGCCCAAGAAAUUGACACAUUUGUUUUACCUGUGGAAAUAUAAACAUAUUUUCACGAACAGAGGAAGAAAAAAUUUAUAUCAAACCAACAAUAAUUAGAUUUGAUAAUGCAAAUGUGAACUGCAUUCUAAAUAACAGAUAGUUUUUUUUUUGUUCUGGUUUAAACAUACAUCCUUUAAUGCUAUGAUAGAUUUCAUAUACAUGCACUCACAUAUAAGUAAUAUCCUGAAUAAUACAUUCUAGAAGUGAACCUCCCAUCAUUCUAGUUUAGUCAGUGCUCUCACAAAGGACAGAAAAUUUAAGGCAUCUCCCCAAGGUAAGUAAACUAUUUUUUACAUAUACUACUACUAAGUUUUACUUUUUCACAUGCUUUCGUUAGUCUAAACAUUUUGUCAUGUCUGCCUUUUUGCAUGUUUAUAAAAUGUUUGUGGUUUUCUUUUUCUGUUCAUUAUGCUUUGUCUUGUUUUUUCCAACGAUAACAGCAUUUGACAGGAACAUGUUUGCCUCUGACAAGUACUAGUUCCUUCCCUGACUCCAGAGUGUUAUAGAUCACAGUGUUGGAGAAUUCUAUAAGUAUGAUAUGGGCAGCUAUGGGUAGUGAGAACAUCAGUGAAGGUGCUUUUGUGCUUUAAUGUUUGUUUUCUUUUGCUAAUGGUUUUGUGGUUUUGUGUUUUUUUUUUCGGUCCCUCAAUUCUUCUUAUCUUCAUGAACUUAGGUGUCCGAGGAGUCAGCUAAAAUACAUAUGAUCUUCAAUAAUGUGGACUUUAUUGUCACUAGCAAUGGCUUGUUUGUAUUAGUCCAGGUCAAUAAAGUGAUAAAUCCUUAUUUAAAAAUGGGUGUCUUAUAUGGAAAAAAAAAAGGUCUUCUUAUAUUAAGUCUUAGAAUGAAUUACUAAGGAGUUAAAUCCUUAGUGGGAGUUUGGUCCUAUAGUCAACACAAAUUCUCAUGCAUUAAAUACAAGUGUGACAUGUUUUGCUCUUUCAGUUAUUUCCUUAGGCACAUACUUGUGACUUUUUAAAACACUGAAGUAUCAAUAUCUGAAAGCUCAAUGACUACAGUAUGUGUAAGUUC